AUGGACAAAAUUAAAAACACAGUCAAAGAAGCCACCGGCACCAAAGGCCAAUUCGAGCAGGGUUUCCUGCCGCCAGUCUCUCAACAAGACCCUCCUGGCAAAGAGAGUGACUUGCCUGUCGAGGCCAUCCAUGACAAGCUCCCAGCUGCAGACGGCGGAUGGCUGCCGUACAAGGCGGCCGGAAAGCUGGAGGGCAAGAAGGCUCUCAUCACGGGAGGAGACAGUGGAAUUGGACGGGCCAUAGCGAUUUUAUAUGCAAUGGAGGGCGCCGACAGCUUCAUUGUCUACUUGCCAGAAGAAGAAGAGGAUGCUCAGGAGACUAAGCGCCGGGUUGAGAAACUCGGGCGGACGUGCCAUCUCCUUGCCACCGACCUCAGGCGACCAGAGAACUGUCAGAAGGUUGUAGACUCCGCGCUGCAGAUCAUGGGCAGAGUCAACAUCUUGGUCAACAACGCCGCCUUCCAGAUGAUGCAGAUGGACAUCACAGACAUCCCCAUCGAGCAAUGGCACAAGACCUUCGAGACCAACAUCCAUCCGUAUUUCUACCUGUCCAAGUUUCUCAUCCCGCAUAUGAAGCCCGGCGACACUAUUGUCAACAACGCAUCCAUCAACGCUUAUAUCGGACGCCCUGAUCUGCUCGAUUACACAUCUACCAAAGGAGCAAUCGUCGCGUUCACGCGCGGUCUGGCAAACCAGCAAAUGAGCAAAGGCAUCCGAGUCAACGCCGUCUGUCCCGGCCCAGUAUGGACGCCUCUGAUCCCGUAUUCCAUGAACGAAGACGCGCAGAAGCAGUUCACCUCGCCCCUGGGUCGGCCCGCGCAACCGAGUGAAAUCGCCACGUGUUUUGUGUUCCUAGCAAGCGCGGACAGCAGCAUGAUCAGCGGGCAGAGCUUACACCCGAACGGCGGGGUGAUAGUGAAUGGUUGA